CGCAUCACAUUGAAUAGAGCCUGAAACGCCAUCGCUGCGCGUUGCCAGACACAGGUAGACCGCCACACAUCUCAAAUUUUGAGCUGUGCGGCCGCGCCUCGUUCCAGCCGCUGCGAGUGGCGCCGCGUGGCAUCAGGCAAGACGCGGCGCGCCGUCCUCCUCGCGGUAGCGACGCUAGCCGCGGCGGCGAGCGGGCGGAGCGCCAGACCGCGCGGCGUCAGGAUGGCCCAAGCCUCUCUCGAGGACGAGGCCGCGGCGCGCGCCUUCCUGGCGCAGCCCGGCCCGCGCGCCGUCGUCUUCGCGGUGAAUAGCCUCGCGCCGCUCGCGUUGAUCUGCUCGGCCGAGGGAUGUACCGUGGCCACGUGCGACGCCAACGAGGACGACGGCGAGGAAGCGGCGCUCGCGCUCGGCGCUACUUCUCUCCCGUGGGUCUCUCUAGCCUUGGACGGCAAAAGCGCGGGCUGCGCGCCGCACGACGUCCCGAAGACGCUCGCUUCCUUAAGAGGCGGCUCGACGGACGUCCGGUCGAGCGUGCGCGACGCCUACGCGGCGACGGCGACGGGCGGCCACGGCGUGCUACCGGGCGACGUCGGCGACGCGAAGAAGCGCUCGGCGAAGCUGGGCUACGAGGGCACGGAGCUCGAGGAAGGGGCGGAUUUGGGACUGGGCUGCGGCAAUCCUCUGAUCGCGGCCCGGCUCCAGGAGGGCGAGGUCGUGCUCGACCUGGGAAGCGGCGCCGGCGUCGACUGCUUCGCGGCGGCCAAGCAGGUGGGCCCGCAGGGCCGCGUCAUCGGCGUCGACAUGACGCCCGAGAUGCUACAGCGCGCGCGCCAGACCGCGUCGGCCAAGGGCUACGCCACGGUCUCGUUUAGGCUGGGCGAGAUCGAGCAUUUGCCGGUCGGCGACGGCGUCGUCGACUGCCUGAUCUCGAACUGCGUCAUCAACCUCAGCCCGGACAAGCCCGCCGUCUACCGCGAGAUGAACCGCGUGCUGCGGCCCGGCGGCCGCGUGUCCAUCUCGGACGUGUUAAGGACAGCCACAAUCCCCGAGGAGCUGCGCACGGCCGAGGCCUACGCCUGCUGAGUCAGCGGCGCCAGCGCCGAGGACGAGAUCCGCGACAUGCUUGUUGCGGCCGGCUUCCACGACAUCAAAAUCACUGUCAAGGAGAACGGCCGCGACAUCGUCAAGGAUUGGAUCCCCGGCUCUGGCGCCGAGAACUACGUCACGUCGGCCUACGUGACGGCCACGAAGCCGCGCCAGGCCCACGGCUUCCGCGACGGCGUCUUCUACGGCGCGUCGGCGGCGUGCUGCGCCCC